GUGCGGGGACGUAGCAGAAAGUUUCGUAAACAAAUGAAACUAUUUUUAUGUUUUACUUAUGCUGUUUAUUUAUAACUAACUGCAUUAUGGCGCAGAAAUUGCAUCUUGGGUGAGAGGAAGCGUCAAUGUUUAGAAUUGUUAAUUGAGUGUUAACAUUCGGGGGAUUGGCAGUACCGCAGACGAAAUUCCAAAUACUACGUCAAUAUGGCGGACCAACUUGAAAAUGAGUCUGCUGCUGCCCUACUUUCUUUCAAAAAUGGUGGUUUGGGUUAUGAAGGCAUCAAACAGGAACCAGAGGAUGAGAUGUUUGAAGCAGAAGAUACACCAAUUCUGGGUCCCGCAGCUCUGGGGCUGCAGCCAGUUGGUGAAGAACAAACUCCUCGUACACCUACAUCCCAGCCAGGCCUUGUUCUUAAUCGACGUGGCAUGCCUGCACGCAUCCGAAAAAAGAACAGACUGUUCUUUGAUGACGACGUAGUGAAUGCAAUGCCCCCUCGCUCCAGUGCCAAAAGGGGUCCACGUGCAUCUCCUACAAAGAAGGCAGCAGUAGGCAUGAACAGUAAAUUACUGGCUACACAGAUAAAGAAGCAGCAGCUUCAACAACAACUACAAGAACUGGAACAGCGUCCCCCUAGCAACACUCAUCAGGAGCCUCCAACAGCCUCCACAUCUAGCACAUAUGUAAAUGCAAAUUGGUCCGCUGAUCGCCGUGCUGGGCAACGCCUUGGUAUGAGACUGCGUAAUCUGCUUAAAUUGCCAAAAGCACACAAGUGGGUGUGUUACGAGUGGUUUUACAGUAACAUAGACAAGCCACUGUUCGAAGGAGAAAAUGAUUUUAUGAUUUGCUUGAGAGAAUCCUUUCCACAUUUGAAAACCAGGAAACUGACACGGGUUGAAUGGUGUAAGAUUAGACGUAUGAUGGGGAAGCCUAGACGUUGCUCACAGUCAUUUUUUGAAGAGGAGCGCCGGGAACUGGAUAGAAAACGUACAAAAAUCAGACUGUUGCAACAGCGAAAGACUGUUGACCUGUCUACCUGCAAGGAUCUUCCUCCUGAGAUUCCCUUGCAACUUGUUAUAGGCACAAAAGUUACAGCUCGAUUACGUAAGCCGCAGGAUGGUCUAUUUACAGGAAGUAUUGAUGCCGUGGACACAUCAAACAACACAUAUCGAAUAACAUUUGAGAGAGGAGGACUUGGCACUCAUUCAGUGCCAGAUUAUGAAGUUCUAUCAAAUGAUCCUCCAGAGACAAUAACACUCUCAAGCUUCGCUCAGAAAUUCAGACCACGGAAUCUUGUGCCAUUUAUAACAACACCUCCACGCUAUUCAGGUGCAUUGUCUCCAAGGCUCAUCAGUGAUCCCAUGCUGAGCAGUUCACACUCUACAAAGAAUAAAAAUAUCCCAUCUGAUGGGAUCCUUGGUGGUUUUCCAGUAAAGUUCUUAGAAAUGAUAGUACGUCUUUCAAAAAUACUGAAUGUGAAGAAGACAAAGAUUAAAAAGCUUAGGGACAUGAACACAGAAGCUGAAAAAAGGAAGUCAUUUGGUACGCACAUCCCAGAAGAUUUUCAACGUAGAUAUGCAAGUGUUAUAAUUGAGUUGGAGAGGUUAAACCAUGAUUUACAAGAAUAUCUGACAACAGUUCAGAAUUUCUGUCAUGAGAUUGCUCCUGAACCAAGUGUGGCUGUAAUGCUGGCACCAUCACAUUUACGAGACAGCACUCUCGACGAAGCUAGGACAAUUGUAAAUCGCUAUAAUCGCAUUACGUGUGUAAAUCCAGUUAAAAGUGAACGUACGUUGAAUCUCAUCACUCAGCUUACUGCACUCGUAUUGCAGGUAAAGAGCUUAGCUGGUACAGAUCGCAGUGCAUAUGAAGUAAAAGUGCUACAGAGUUCAAUGGAGCAAAUACGUGCUGGCUUGAGUCCAGAGAACCUGCAGUGCUUCCAAGACUCUGUGGAACUUCGCAUGAAACACAUCCAGAUGGGUCUUGGUCAGUACGAUUCACUGCAUCCAUUCAUGGCACAGCGAGCAUGAAGUGUUCGUUUGGCAAUUAUUUGGUUGUGAAAUGUUUUUUUUUGAAGCUUUUAGUUGCAGAUCAUUCUCACAGACAAACUGUCAUUGUAAGUAUUAGGUGUACUCGUGUCACUGUAUGUGAAAUAAAAUGCUCUCCCAAAAUCACUCUUCAUUAAAUAUUGAAAUAUUAUCAGGGUCCACAUUCUCUCAUCUUUGGGUAACUGUGUAUUGCUACAGUAUAUGCACAAAUACUCAAAUUUUGUGUUGUAAAAGACUAUUCAGAGGAGGGGAAAAAUAUUAUAGUAGCAAUUUCAAGUGAUAAUAUUGCUCUGAAUAUAGUGUGAUAUGAUGUAAGAUGAGAUGUGUCAUUGUUUUUAAUCUACACAAAUAGGUAGAUUAUCGUGUGUAAAUAGUUGUAAAAGAUGCUUUAUGACCAGACUAGAAUAAAUAUUACGUUGAUGACUGUGAAUCAAGGAAUGUAAAUGUAUGUACAAUAAUAGCCUAUUUUAUGUGAAUAGAACCUUUGUUCUUACAUCUUUCAUCUUGCUUGAAGAAAUUAAGGAUGCCAGCUUAUGUAUACUUGUUUUGAAGAAUGAUGAAGUAUUUAUGGUGUGAAAUGAAAUAUUGACUGAAGUGAUUUUUAUAUGAAAAAAUCAAAAUGUAUCAUGGUUGUUUAUCUUGUUAUAAUAAUAGUAAAUAUUAAUUACAUUAUUACUAUUGAAUUUUUAUCAUGUUUCUGUUAAAGCUGUUACAUAUUCUUAUAGAAUAGUUGUACUUAUACUUUGUUCAUGCUAGUCACAGACUUGAUUAAAUGAGAUUGUACAAGAAAAUAGAGGAGAUACAGGACAGAGCCCACACUUAAUUAUACUGUGUAACAUAUGGAGUAUAAUUCUUUUAUUAUAUUCAUGAAAGUGAUUGGUUCCUAGCACAUGAAUACAUAAAUUGAUUUGUGUAAUGGUACAAUAAUAACUGAAAUUUGAAAGAAAUGAGAGACACUAAUGCUUAUUCAAUGUAAGUAGGAAAUAUGUUUUCUCGUGUGUACAGUAAAUGUUGGAAUAGACGUGCUAAGUGAACCAUACUUUGUGAUGACAAAUGUGGAACGUCCAUAUUAUAUUUUUUUAAAUCAAAGAAUACUUGCAACAUUUGUGCCUCACAGAUAAAUAAAAUAGCUGUAGAAAGAAGGAACACUUCAGUGAGGUGCAAUAAUAUAUGCCUUACAGAACUAAUAUUUUUAGUACAAUGUCUGUAUCUGCUGGGAUAAAAAGAACUCAAUUCUGCAAUAUACUGAUGUUUUAGAAAACAUUAUUAAAAUGUCAGAUUUUGUUAAAAUUUGUUUGUGCAAAUGAGGUAAAUAUCAAUGUCAUGCUAAUUUAUAAAGAUUUGUAGAGAAGUCACACUAAAAUUUUGUAUUGGUUAGCGUGAAGUACAAAUAAGGAACCUAUUGCAGUGUUUGCUUCAAGUGUGCUUUAUUUCAGCAAGCUGUGAUUUCUUUCUUAUGUUUCGUGGUGACUUGUUAAUAAAAUAUUUUUUGUUAAAGUUUA